UGUGUUUGAUUUUAAGGAAAGCGCACUAAUUAUAAUUUGGUAUUUUUUCUACACUACAUAUCAUACAUACAGAAAUACAUUUUUAAAAACUAUAGAAAAUCAAAUGCUGUCCACAUGUUUGAAUAUGCUGAACGGUUAUCUUAGCUUAUGAGUGUGCGUUUUCCACAAGUUUAAAAUAUGACAUAAAACUACUGUGUUAACAGUCUGGAUAUUGUAAAAUAAGCUCAUGUCUGCAGUGCAGUAUAUAUGUGAGUAAUCAUACACACCAUAAGAAAUUACACUGGAGGUAUAGGUAAAUUAAAUUCCACAUAAUUUUGCUCCCUUACACAAAAUGUUACCAUAGUGGUCUAUUUUUGUUCUACCUCUUUUGGCUGCUCAAUAUAGGGGUUGCCACAGUGGAUCAUCUGCCUCCAUCUCACCCUGUCCCUAUCCUCCUCUGUCACAACAACACUCUCCAUGUUCUCCAAGAACUUUGUCUGUUGUCUUCCUCAUCUCCUCCUGCCUGGCAGCUCCAUGUCCAAGAUCCUUUGUCCAGUAUAUCCACUGUGCCUCCCCUGCACAUGUCCAGGCCAUGCCAUGCAUUUGUCUCCAAAUCGCUCAACCUGAGCUGUCCUUAUGGUGUACUCCUUUCUAGUCGUGUCCAUCCUGGUCAGUCCCAGUGAAACUCUAGCGUAUUCAGCUCGUGUCUUUUUCGUGUCACCAUCUCCAAACUAUAUACCAUAGCAUCUCAUAAAACUUCCUUUUCACUCUUGUUGCUAUCUUUAUCUCAAAAUUAUUCUUGACACUUCUCUCUGUCCAUUCCAAACCGCCUGCACUUCUUUCUUUACCUCCCUUGUACACUGUACAUUGCUUUGGAUGGUUGAUCUCAGGUAUUUAACCUCAUCUACCUUCACUUCACCUGCUUCUUGCAGCUUCACUGUUAGUGUUUCCACAAAGCAGUUUCCUUCUCAUUCACAGACAUGCAUUCUGUUUUGUUUGUACUGACUUUCCAUCUGCAGAGCAUACCUCCACUUGUCCAGGCUCACUACAGAUGAUGUCAUCUGGAAACGGAGACUCCUGCUUGACCUGUCCAUCGUUAUCAUUACAAACAAGAAAGGGCUCAGAGCUGAUCUCUAAUGUAAUCCCACCCCCAUCUUGACUCUAUCACACCUCAUGGCAGCUCUGCACACCCUUGUUCCAGAAAACCAUAACAGCCUAGUCGACAACCUUUAUUUUGAAAGUUUUGCUACCGGAACUACUUUUGCCUUGCUCAUUGGUGCUUGCUGAGAGAGAGAAAAGAAAGCAAAGGGAUUCAGGCGGUUGAAAUGGAGAGCGAAGGGACUGGGAGGGUGAGUGAAAAUGUUCAAGAGACAUGGCGUGGCAGCAUGACACAAUAAAGGGGACCUCGGUUCACCAAAAGGAGUCCUCGGAAUAACAGAAUCGGGGAGGCGGAGGACUCGAUCUGACUGUCAGAGGAUUUUCAUCUCGCUUUGCUUUGGUCUUACCUCGUUUAACCCAAUCAGUGGGCACACAACGUUUCAGCUGAGCAGUAUCUGCAGAGAGAAGUCUGUGGCUAACAACCAAGUCUGACAGGAUACAAGAUACUCAGUAUGAGUCGAGAUGGUUGGAUGAGGAAAAGAGCCAAUGCCAGCGAUGACAAUGGUUGGGGCGAAAGGGGCGGCUACAUGGCCGCCAAAGUUUCUAAGCUGGACGAGCAGUUUAGACUUGACGCCCCCAGAGAAAAGCAAAAAGAAGGAGCGUGCUCCAGCAUCUUCACCGGAGUGGCUAUUUAUGUCAACGGAUACACAGAUCCCAGUGCAGAUGAACUACGCAGACUGAUGAUGCUGCAUGGGGGUCAGUUUCAUGUCUACUAUUCACGCUCCAAAACCACCCACAUCAUCGCCACUAACUUGCCUAACAGCAAAAUUCAGGAGCUCAAAGGGGAGAAGGUCAUCAGGCCAGAGUGGAUCACUGACAGUAUCAAAGCUGGGCACCUCCUGCCAUAUCUACAGUACCAGCUGUAUGGCAAACACAAAGGCCCGCUCUUCCCUGGCAUGACUCUUCGUCAGACCUCAGAGAUUCCUGGACCGAGCCAUGGGGUGCUUCAAUCAAGUACCCAUCUAAAACUAAAUCUGCCGCAAUGCAAAAUUAAACCCCCUGUUCUCAAUCAUAAGAAGUCUUUAUGCAGCGCUCAGAGCACCCCCGUCCACAUCCCCAGCCAAUCCCGACCUCAACCUGAGUCCAUUCAGCACAGCUCUCCAGCUCGCUUUGUUAACCCCGAACCAAGUCACUCUGCAUCCGGCCACCUCAUUACAGAUCCCAGCCACAGAAGCCCUUUGCACACACACCUGCUGCUUAACCCAAACUCCACAAAGCACCCACACAAGUCUCCGCAGUCUGCUUCCCCACAGGAAGCAGAAUUAAAAACAAAUAGAAACUUGCAGACCUCAGUGGAUGUGAGCCAUUCGAAAAUGAAUGAAAUCCAAGAGUGUAGCAAAGAAAAACCUCAUCUCGCUGGGGCCUCAGAUGUGAAGGAUGCCCCCUUGACCAAUGGACACACUCACAUUGUUAAUGGUGCCUUAAAUUCAGAGGACCUGUCCCCUGUUACAAAUCAACCAUUUUUGAUCAACAGCCUGUCCAAAUGCAGGGUUAGGAGUUCACCAGAUAAACCUCAAAGUCCUUCUGUACAGUUCCAGGCCAAGCCUGACCCCUACGAGUUUCCCCAAAGCCCUCCAAAGCAAUCUGACCAGUCCCUUGUCCUCGUGCAGCAAUCCAGCUCACAAAGAGCCAAUGAGAAAAGACUUAAGCCUCCACCACCAACCUAUCAAGAGGCUAUAAAAGCCACUGAAAGCCACCUCUUCCCAAAGCAGCUUCAAGCACCCCUUCAGGUCGAUAUGAUUUCUGAAAAGACUCUUUCUCCUGCAUCUCGCUCUCUUUCACAUUCUCCAGUUCGACUAAACGGAAGUCACCACAACGCCUUUACAUCUGACUCUGCCUCCCUCAGCACAAAUAAUGUAACAUUCAAAUCUGAACCUCCCAUGGACGAGUCAUCGUCAUCAUCAUCCAAGUCUUCAGCACAGCUGCUAGAACAUACGGGCAGUUUGAUCUCCGAGUUCUACUCUCACUCACGUUUGCACCAGAUCUCCACGUGGAGGAGUGGCUUUUCUGAGUACGUCAAUGAACUGCACAGCAAACGAAAAGGAGCAGGGGGCGCCAGCCUUCCUGGGAAAGAGCGUUUGAGGAAAUCUGCGGCCCAGCGAUCUAUAGACACUAAAGGUUCAUCAGCCCAAGUCAGUGUUAAAUCUUGUAUCCUCCAUGUGGACAUGGACUGUUUCUUUGUGUCUGUGGGGAUUCGAAAUCGACCAGAUCUUAAAGGUAAGCCUGUAGCUGUGACCAGUAAUCGUGGACAGGGCAGAGGGCCUGUGAGACCAGGAGCUAACCCUCAGCUGGAGAUGGAAUACUACCAGAAAAAAUACACACAUCCACAAGCUGAGAGCGCAGAGGAUGAGAUACACACAACUCCUUCACAAGAAAGCCCUGACUCUCGUACCAAUGGAGUAGAGCAGGAUGCUGUUGCUCUCUCAAUGGCAGAGAUUGCAUCCUGCAGUUAUGAGGCCAGGCAAGCGGGCGUAAGAAACGGCAUGUUUUUUGGGAAAGCAAAACAGCUGUGCCCCGCACUGCAGUCUGUCCCAUAUGAUUUUGAGGCCUAUAAAGAGGUGGCCCUCAAUAUGUAUGAGACUCUGGCCAGUUAUACCCAUGACAUCGAGGCCCUCAGCUGCGAUGAAGUGUUGAUAGAUGGCUCUGCGCUGCUAGCUGAAGUGGGCGCCAGCCCUGAAGAUCUAGCCAAAGCGGUCAGAGCAGACAUCAAGGAGAAAACGGGAUGCUGUGCUUCAGUGGGCAUGGGGUCCAACAUCCUUUUGGCUCGGCUGGCGACUCGUAAGGCCAAACCUGACGGCCAGUAUUUCCUAAAGUCUGAAGAAGUGGACGAUUUUAUCAGGGACCUCCCGGUGACAAGCUUGCCUGGUGUUGGGCCUGUUAUGGGGAGAAAGCUGGCCCUCAUGGGUGUGCGGUCCUGUGGUGACCUCCAACAAGUUUCUCUGUCUAAGCUGCAAAAGAAGUUUGGACCCCGUACUGGACAGACUCUGUUCCGCUUCUGUAGGGGUCUAGACGACCGGCCAGUCCGCUAUGAAAAGGAAAGGAAAUCUGUCUCUGCUGAGAUGAACUACAACAUCCGCUUUACUCGGGUUGAUGAGACGGAGUGUUUCCUCACUAAUUUGUCCAUGGAAGUGCAAAAACGUUUACAAGAAGCAGGUCUGCGGGGUCGAAGAGUCACUCUGAAAGUCAUGGUUCGCAAAAUUGGAGCGCCACUUGAACCUGCUAAAUACGGUGGCCAUGGCAUAUGUGAUCAUUUAGCCAAGACCGUGAUGCUCGCUCAGUCCACUGACAGUGGUCAGCUAAUCGCUGCUGCAGUCAUCAAGCUGUUCCACGCCAUGAAGGUAGAGGUGCAAGACUUAAGAGGAGUUGGCAUUCAGGUUCAGCUUCUUGAGGGACAUCAGUCUGCAACACAGGACUGCCGAGGCCUGCGAGGACGCUCCAUCAAAGAGAUGCUGUUAGGCCAGGCAUCGAGUGCCAGAUCUAAUAACCGAGAUGCUGCAGACGCGCUUCAGGAGAAGACUACUUCCUCUACAACAGUCCCAACAGCAAACUCCGCGCCAUAUCCUUUGUCACCUGCUGAGCCAGUACCCGGAACAAGCAAGGAACAACCAGCGUGCAGACAAACUCCAAAGCAUUCUCGGACACGUCUCAACUUCAGUAUCGAAGUCCCCUCCCCUUCACAGGUGGAUCGUUCUGUGUUGGAGGCCCUGCCUGCAGAGCUGAGAGAACAAGUGGAGCAGUCGUGGACCAGGAGAGAUGGGAGGCCAAAUAACUGCCAUUCCCCUGUUCUGCAGCUUUCCCCUCUCAUUUCUCAUCCAGCCUCUCCCCCUCGUCCUCCCCUUGCAACCGUACCUGCACUGAAUUAUCCACCUGUAGGAACGUUGGUCCUGCAGAUUCCAAACCAGCCAGAAAGUCCAGGAAUUGUACUGGAACUGCCUAACUUCUCACAGGUCGAUCCAGAUGUGUUUGCUGCCCUUCCCAAAGAACUACAGGAGGAGCUGAAGGCUGCCUACAGCCGCGCAACCGGUGUACACCCUCAGGUGAAAAUGUUGGAGCAGAAGAAUCCACUGCUGCAGCUAAAACAGUCUGGGGCCGGAAUCGGCAGUGGUCGUGUAAAGCGUCGCUACAAGAGAAAAAACGCAGUCAGUCCUCUUAAAAAAGGAGCUUCUCCACUCAAGAAGCGUCCAACAACAAACAGCCCAGCCAAAAGCCUGCCACCUACUGGAAAAUCACAGGAACCAAUAAACAAUCGAAAGACUGAAAAUGGUCCCUCAACAUCAGUUUCGAAACCAGAGAUCCCACCAGCUGUGGUUAAAUUGGCUGCUCGUCCUCCUCCAGCACUGGCAGGAGCCUGUGACUUGACAGACAUUAAAACACUACUACGGGAAUGGGUUACCACCAUAACAGAACCCAUGGAGGAGGACAUCUUGCAGGUGGUGAAAUAUUGCACUGACUUAAUUGAGGACAAAGAUUUGGAGAAGUUGGAUUUGACUAUGAAAUACAUGAAAAGGCUCAUGCAGCAGUCAGUGGAGUCUGUUUGGAGUAUGGCUUUUGACUUCAUCUUAGACAACGUGCAGGUGGUUUUGCAGCAGACUUACGGCAGCACCCUGAAAAUAGCAUGAAGAAAGACGGGGUGCUCUCCUCGCUACAUGCGAUCGUUGUAAACAACACUUUUUUGAUUUGUUAAUUUCACAAUACAAAUCAUGAUGUCUAAAUUCUGACUUAUGAAAGAUACAAAUAAUGGCUACACUUUUAUGAGAAAGAGCCAUGACAGUAUUUUGAAGUAUUUUGGACAAAGCGGUUGUUUUUAUCACAGAACAAUGAUGAUAGUAGCAGCUUUUUGGAAACUCACUUUCAUUCACUCUUAUUUUCCUACGACUCAUUUUCAUAUGCAAGAUUUUAUUAAGGGCAAAAAAAGCAUUAAGGGUAUCUGUUUUUUGUAGCACUGCAAAACUUUCAGCUGGUAUUAGAUCGCAUACUCCUGUGGUGACCUGAGCAUUGGUGCUGUAGAUCUGCUCCAGAGAUCUGUUUCCAGAGACAGUUCAGGGUCAUUUUGGGUUAGAGAGUCACAGAGAGUCAGAUCUGGAGACUGCUUUCUGGCUCGAUACCAACGAAGGCUGCUGUUAGAUCUCUGAGUCGUAGCUGGACUCUGAGACAAACAAUAACAUCCGUUCCAUCCAGGCCUGAUUUCGAAAUGUAUUUUUUGUUUUCAUUUUGGGUAUUUCCCCGUCUUGAGCGUUAGAAUCUGGUAUGUUAAAUUUUCCUCUCUUGGAUACAUGAUCAUGUUAAAACAAAAAGUAUAUUUCAGCAGUUUUACAAACCGCUUACCUUGUAGCAUUCUUUAUACAUAAGACAUUUUCAGAACUGAUUGGAGAAUUUUUUGGGGGGGUUUUCCCCAUCAUUGUUUUAUCGGUGCUCUUUGCCACUAGCACUUAUCUGUGAAGCAUCUACUGCUGCGUGCAGCAGUGUCGCUUUUUUUUUUUUUUUUCCUUGUUUCUCGUUUCUUUCCAAAAAAAGAAGUGCCAAACGCUGUUAUUAUACUGUGUAAAUAAUGUUUUAAAGAUCUUUGUCUAAAGUUUUAAAAGAAAAAACAUGUAUGUAGAAAAAUUACCUCUUGUAUUGUUUACCGGUAGUGGAUUCUUAGUAACUGUCUCUAAAUUGUAACUCUUUAAAUGUUUCUAAAUGUUCCAACAUGGAAGUCAGAAGCUGGCCAAAGCACUUGAGGUGAGGUUAACUGUUGAUUCUCAGUAGCACUCUGAUAUAGGAGGAUGUCGACAGGGGUCAUGGCAAUCAAUGAGUAGCCUAUGCAUUUCUAUUUUUUCUCACAUAACAAUGAGAUGUCCCUUCAAGACCACGUAACAUUAAAUAAAGCAUUUAGUGUUUAUGCUGAAUGUGCAUAGGAAGAGGCGAUAUGAUAACUCUGUCACCCACAGUGUCUGAUUCACACCCUCGAGACACUUUGUACAGCUUGCAGCUGUGUCGCAGUAUUUGUGUGAGGUUUGACUUUAACAGCAGAUGCAGCUGCUUGACUUGUGAUCGCACCAUGGAGGAUAAUUUGCUUGCAGUUAAAAUGCGUGUUUUAAAAGAUAAUUCUGAUAUGCAAACCAAAUCAAUCGGUCAUCUUUUGAAACUUGUUGAAAUGAAUGUAAUUUAGAAUGUGUGAUUCACUUUCAAGACAUUGCUUCUCUUCACCUCUCACGUGUUUCCCGAGGGGAAUGGCCAGAAGUUAAAAUAAAAUAAUAAUAAUAAAUUGGCCUGUCUUGUCUAAUCUGGCUCGUGCCUGAAGACCUGAAGCUGUGAAACUUGUUUGUAAGUUUUCUAAACCUUGGUAAUAAACUGUAAAUUCUGUAUUCAUUUAUUUGUCUUUGCCUUUCUAUAAACUGGCCUUCAAAAGGACUUUCAGCUGAUAGAAUAUGGUUAUGAAAAUUAUCUUCAGUGUCUCUUUUGUGUUAUUCCCAGGUCUGACAGUGAUGAGCAUAUAAAUAUGCUAGACAUGUCU